AUGCCAGACAUGAGGAGAUGCUUGGAGAGGCAAGCACGAGAAAUUAAAGAAAGAAGGCGUAGACGAGCUGAAGAAAAAAGAGUGCAGCACGAAGAAGAUGAACAAGUUGCCAUGGCAGUGGGUUUGCUCGAUCUAGAAAGCCAAGGCCGCAGUCGUGGUUCACAAGUCGGCCAUGACCCGAACGUGGACAGACAUAGGCAUUCGCAGGGUAAAAAUCUUUUGGAAGAUUACUUUAUCCCAAAUUAUGUGGACUCUAAUGUUGAUUUUCAAGGGCGAUAUAGAAAGCAACCUCAUUUGUUCAAUAAAGUCAUGCAUGAUGUUUGCAAUUACGAUGCAUACUUCUUUCAAAAAUGUGAUGCUGUUGGGGUUUUGGGGCUUCUUCCGGAGCAAAAGCUUACAACUGUUAUACGAAUGCUGGCAAUUGGAGCAUUUCCACCUGUCGACUAG